UCCAAUGCUGCCUCAACACUUAAACCUUGUUGACUUUUUCUUUUUGUAGGGAGAACAGGCCGACCAGCUAUUGAUGUUACCAGAGAACAGAUAGAAUUUCUGCUGGCGCAAGGCAAUACAAUUGCAAAAACUGCUGAAAUACUUGGAUGUUCCUCAUCAUUUCUGUACAAGAAGUCAAAGUUGAUGGGUAUACCUGUAAGAAGUAUGCGGCCUGCAAUAGAUGAUGGUGAACUAGAACAACAUGUGAGGCAACUUCAGGGCCAAUAUCCUAAUUCUGGAAAUGAGAUUAUUCGAGCCCUGUUGCGCACACGGGGUGUCUUUGUUACACGGUCCAGAGUGCGUGAGAUGUUGACACGGGUGAAUCCUACUGCUGCUGCAAGGAGAUGGAGCCGGACAGUUGCAAGACGUGUUUAUCAUGUACCUUACCCCAACAGUUUGUGGCACAUUGAUGGGAACAUGCGUCUGAUAAGAUGGGGCUUUGUCACUCAUGGUGCAAUUGAUGGAUACUCCCGUCUGAUUACUUACCUCAGCUGCAGCACAGACAAUCGUUCCACAACAGUGCUUUCUCAGUUUUUGAAAGCAACCUGCCUCUACGCCCUACCAUCAAGAGUUAGAUCUGACCAUGGUGGUGAAAACAUCCUUGUGGCUUUAUUCAUGCAUCUAGUUCAAGGACUUGAACACAGAGGUUUCAUAACCGGACGAUCAGUUCACAAUCAGAGAAUUGAACGCCUUUGGCGUGAUGUAUUUUUGCAUGUGUUGCAGCACUUUUACCAUAUGUUCUACUCCUUAGAGGAUUCAGAGGUUCUAAACCCAGAUAAUGAUGUCCACAGACUAUCACUGCAUAUUGUUUAUCUUCCGGAGAUCCAGAAAAGACUGGAGCAGUUUAGACAGGCCUGGAACCUCCAUCCGUUGAGAACAGAAAAUAAUCGCACACCAACUCAACUCUGGACAGAGGGCAUGCUCAGAAAUAUUGCCACAGACAGCACAGCUGUCAACAAUGUGUUUGGGGAAAAUCCCUACAGCGACCAAAACAUUGAGGCCAUCCUAGCGCAGUACGGAAUUCAAACACUGCCUACACUUGACGAAGAGUUCCCAGCUGUAAGGGUAGAGCCACCUCAACUCAUCCUCACUCGGCAACAACAGACAUCUGUGCACAAUGCAAUCCAACACUUUUCUGAUCUGAAGAUUAAAUAUCAGGCUUGCUGUACUGCAAUUGUCAGUAUUUUGCAAACUGAUCAGGUAUAGUCCAAUUCCAAGCCCAGAGACAUUUUAUUGGUUGCAUACAUUAUCCAGGAUGUAGCUAAUGCCGGGUGUGCCAGUCAAGACAUUGGAAGUAGCAACAAGUGUUGUCAUGUCAUAUUGUAGGCCUAUUGUUGGUUGACAAGCGCCGACACGCCCUGCCUGACUCUGUUUAGGCUGCUCUGUGUAGGGGGAUGGGCUGUAUAGUUGCGUUACUGCUCCCAUUGUGCUUGGUCAAUAUUGUACAAUAAAUAAAUAUACAUUUGA